AUGGCUUCUCAGCACGAACUACCUACUCGUAUGAGAGCUGCGUACAUUGCAGAAUACAACAAACCAUACGCUCUUGGCGAACGACUGUUACCUAUCAUCAGAGACAACGAAUUGCUCGUGCGAGUCCACGCCGCUGGUUUCUGUCACUCAGACUUGCAAGCUUUGCUUGGAGAAUUUACAAAGCCUGCACCCAUAGGCCUCAUCCCUUCGCAUGAGAUAGCCGGCACCAUUGCAAGUGUUGGGCCAGACUACCAUGGUCAUCUUCAAGUUGGAGACAGAGUUGGAGUGUUGAACUUCAAGAAUUCGUGCGGCUCUUGCGUUGGCUGCAACCUGAGCAAGCGGACCGGCAAUAAUCUCGACCCGCGAUUCUGUGAUGCCAGAGAAACAGCUGGGUUUCUGCAUGAUGGAGGAUUCGCUGACUAUGUCGCUGCUGAUCCUGAGACGACAGUCAAGCUUCCGGACUCUGUUUCUUUCGCUCAAGCUGCGCCUCUGAUGUGUGCUGGAGCGACAGUCUGGGGGUCUCUCGAGCAAGCGACUGUGGGAGUAGCUCCAGGAGAAUUUGUCGCCAUCAUUGGUAUUGGCGGUCUCGGACAUCUCGGACUUCAGUAUGCCAAGGCGCUAGGAUACCGGACUAUCGCUGUGGAUACUCGCGAAGCAGGGAGGAAAUUGGCGGAAAACAUGAAGAAUGAAGAUCUUGAGCCAGAUCUUGUGGUAGACCCUUCUGACCAAGAAGCGGCAUCCAAGACGAUCUAUGAGCUCACCAGGGGAGAAGGUGUUGCUGCAGCGAUCGUGUGCACUGCGUCAAUCGAGGCCAAUCGUUGGGCACUUUCUCUACUGCGGAUCAGAGGCACAUUGGGCCUGCUCGGUCUCCCGCAAACACCCUGGCAGUUCGAUGCUGCGCCCAUCGUGUUCCGAGAGCUUUCAAUCAAGGGCAGCUACGUUUGUGGUAGAGAAGCAGCUGAAAGAAUGAUGAAAGUGGUGGAGAAGCAUGGAGUCAUCUCGCACCUUACAAUCAUCCCUUUCGAACGGAUACCGGAGAUUGUUAAGAUCUAUGAGAACUCGAGCUUCCAAGGCCGCAUAGUAGUCAAGAUGUCUGAUUAG